AUGUCCUCCAUGGACCUCGCCCGGACACGGUCAACCAGCGCAGGGCGUGAUGGUCUUCCCUCUGCACGACCUGCUCGCCCUUCGCUCCAGAAUCGCACGUACUCGGCCCCGGUUGGCAAGCUCCAACUGCAAAGCCGCUCUGGCAAGCAGGACACCGCUGGAUUUUCGGCAAUCGCAGAGAACGAGACAAUGAUGACGGGUCAGGUACCCGAAGAGAGCUUGGAGGAGGCUGCUACAUCUGGCCAUCAACUUCCCCAGGUAAAUUUGGCGGUGGUGGGCGCCCAAGGCGUGGGCAAGUCGACGUUCGUGAAGUGCGCGCUGGACCUGAAACAGACACCGCUGGUGAGAUCCUCGAUCAAGAAGAUGUCGAUGGAUGGAGCUAUAUAUGUGGUCCGGCUCCUGGAAAUCGCCAUCCACAAGAUCACCCUGGACGACCGCGGCCGCAUCGUCUGGCCCAAAUUCCUAGGCGAGCAGGCACUGCCUCCCAUCGACGGGGUCCUGUGCCUGUUCGACUCGACCGAUCUGCGGACCGUUUCCCAGUAUCCACAAGUUCUAGAUGCCCUACGGAAGUCGAGUAAUAUCCCCUUUCUCGUGAUUGCGUGCAAGUGCGACGGCCCUCAGGAAGAAUCCCAGCACGACCCGUUAAUCCUGGUGCAGACAUGCCGGUCCCUUCUAGGGUUAAAGGUGCAGAGAAUCUCGGCCAGCAUUCCAGAAUCCCACAAAAAAUGCAUCUCGACCAUCCUUCGCGCCAUCAUCAUGCGCAGUGCAGCUGACGUCUCAAUGCUCUCUCUUGCAGAUGUAGCCUCAUCCGCAGAUCUCUUGCCACCAUCCUCUUCCCCGAACCGCACGACGUCCUCUAGCAGCCUGCUACCUCGCCAGCCUCUCCCCCGCAAUCGACAGCAUACCCGGGCGAGCUCCGAGAACCCCAGACCCUCGACCAGCGAUACCACGAGGUCCGACCGAUCUGGCGGAGGCGGAGGCGGAGUUGAAUCGUCGAGCAGCUCGUCUCUGACCCCUGGUGGUCACGGUUCGAGGUAUGCUCGCAGCAACUCCCAGCCCGUGCCGCCAAGAACACCACCCGGCAACACGAUAUCGAACCGCAGCACGUCGGAGACCAUCAUCGAAGAUUCACCGCCGGGCAAGACCAGGUAUCGAAACCUGAGGACGACGUGGAGGCACAGUGCUGGGUCCGACGCGUUCAGUAGCUUCCUUGAUAUGGAUGAUGAGUUAGAAGACUCAAGAUCAGCCGGUAGCCCAUCAAGUCAAACUCCCUCAAAGGAGAAACUGGACGAUCCCGGCUCGACGCUGGAUGAACUAGUCGACAGACUCCUCUCUUUGCCUCUGUCCAAACAGGACGCUAAAUUCCCCGCCAUCAUCCUCUGCCUAUACCGGAAAUUCUCUACGCCCCUCCAACUCCUCACUGCCAUAAUUGCACGCUUCGAACACAUCACCUGCAGUCGAUCACCCUUACUUACGCGCCAUGCGGACCAGCUUAGAUUUCUCAACGUGCUCGCACAAUGGGUUUCAGAGUAUCCGGGAGAUUUUGCAGGAGCCAAGGCCCGGAAACGGCUGAUCGAGUUCAUUGCCUCGCUGGAGAAGAAUAUUGUGUUUGCCUUUGCCGCGAAGGAGAUGAGUGCUUUUCUCGACAAAUUCGUCGAGGAUGAUGAUCUAUGCUGGGCCUACAACGGGGAGGAAUCUCAACCGGAACCUACCGACUCGUUUUUGGAUAACUCCUUUCCGGGCCAGUCGGAUAAUGUCGCUCAGUCUAUGGGCAGGUCUAUAGGCAACUUCAACCAGAGUGAUGUAGACCUGGACCUCUCAUCCCAAAAUUCAAAUUUAUCAACAACCUCAAGUGCCGACAGGGCAGGAAGCAUUUCAAGCCAGUCAUUCAGGACCCUGCUGAGUGUGGAGUCUGCUCAGCGUGAAGCACAGAAGCUAGAGCUAGUGCCGCGGAGCCUUCUCACCAAAACACAAUGGCGCAUAUUCAUGGACAUUCCAGACGAAGACUUUGCUCGGGAAGUGACACGGAUGGACUGGAUCAUGUAUAGCUCUUUCCGGCCUCGCGAGCUCAUCCGACACGUCAGCCUAUCCGGCCCCAACAAGGGGAAAUCCUCUGCCUGUUUGGAGAAUGUUAACCGGAUGAUCAAGUCUUUCAACCAUCUUGCGUUCUUCGUCGCAAGCAUGGUAUUACUCCGAGACAAGGCAAAACACAGAGCUCAGGCGCUGGAGAAGUUUAUGAAUAUAUCAUUGAAACUACGCCAAUUAAACAACUAUAAUUCGCUAGGCGCAGUCAUUGCAGGUCUAAAUGGCACGCCCGUUUCUCGACUAUCACAAACUCGAGAGCUCGUGCCUCCGACGCUACAAAAACAAUUCAUGAGUGUGGUGAUCCUCAUGAGCACGCAAAAGAGUCACUUUGCAUACCGACUAGCGUGGGAAAAUUCCUUCAAUGAAAGGAUACCGUUCUUACCCCUCCACCUUCGCGACCUGGUGUCAGCAGAAGAGGGUAAUAAGACCUUUGUCGGCGCGAACGGAGACCGAAUUAACUGGCGAAAAUUUGAGGUUAUGGGCGACGUUAUCCUCUCCAUUCAACAAAGUCAGAAAACGUCGUUCCCCGCCUACAAUAAAAACGAUAUUGCACAAUGGUUGAUCCUGGAAGCAAAAUUUGGAGGAGACGAAGAAGAAUUAUAUAGCCGAAGCAUGCAGGUGGAAGCAUCCGCUAGCGGUAUUCCAGAUCCCGGACGGAAACGAUUUGGAUGGAGACGAACUUGA